GUACGGCAUUGUGGUCCGAUAUUCUAUAAGACGCAGCCAUUGGAAUCCGCCCUUGAAAUUGAGUGACGUUCCUAAUCUUAAACUUGCCACUAUACCUGCAUUAUAGCCUCGUUUAUAUUUCAUCAAAUACGACCACAAUGGCUGAGCGAGGGACAUCCGCCAUGGCGACACCCAAGCCUGCCACGUUCCUCACCAUACCGCCAGAGCUGCACCUUCACAUAAUCAAGCUUCUGGAUGCCACCUCGCUCGUGCGAUUGGGUCUCUCACUCCCAACAGGAUAUGGCUUCAUUUGGACCGAGAUCCAGAAGAGAGCCAGAAUCGGUGCCCUCCCGUCUCAGGAAAUCUACGACAAGCGCAUAUGGUAUGGGGACAACGGUGAGUUACAAAUCCAUCGCUUCGCUGGAGAUGCCGAGUGGAGGAGAUCCAUCCGUGAGCCUCUUGCGGAAGCUGUUUGCACUGGCGACAUCGGAGUUGUCAGAUUCUGCCUGGAAGCCGGGAUUAAUGCCAACUCAAUUGACCUGGACGCAGUCCCAAUGCUUCAUCUCUCCAUCCGGGAACGCCAGUAUCAUAUAAUAGAGCUCCUGCUACAGCACAAUGCUGACCCAAACGUUGUUGGUCCAACAACGGGGCAGAUGGCAUUGGAUUAUGCGGUGGGUGGGCCCCGUGGCUCGCCUAACUGGGUUCUUGAGAUACUGCUAGCGGCCGGGGCCAGGUUCGUUCACGACUCCACCUUUAUUAUCUGCUGCACUCAAAGCUGGGGGCCGGCCUUUUUUCGACUGGCCGCCAAGAAUGGAGCGGAGAUACUGCCGAAGGCUCCUGAUUGUGAUUUCAGACUGCAGGCUGCGUAUAAGCUUGCGCGCGUAGAAGUGAUCGAUUGCCUAUUUGACCUGAGACCGAAUCUGGUGGCUGCGCGUCAUAAAGGAUUGUCUGCGCUUGACAUGGCGCUCAUGUAUGGAAGGGAAGAUGUUGCGGUCUCCCUUGUUCGCAGAGGUACACCGCUAGACACCAGUGCAGAAAAGCAAUUGACCCUUGCUAUGCGCUAUGGACAUACGAAACUUGUCCGGGAGCUUUUGAGGCAUGGCCAGCUGGCGAAACAAUGCCCGACAUGUAAAUGUGCUGCCAUUGACCUGUCGGAAGAACGCAGGCGGGAAGCAUCUAGAAUGACCAGCAGUAAACAGCGUUGGCUCAAAAUGAUAUCAUAG